AUGGUCACACAUAGAUGGAACCUAAAGGGAAAACUACUAAAGACCCUCUACCUACAAGCGGUAGAAAGAAUGGUACUAUAUGGAUGUCCCAUAUGGUACACAGGUACGGAGAGACAAAAACAGAAGCUUAGCCAAAUACAAAGAAUAGCACUUUUGUGCAUAACAAAGGCCUUUUCAACGGCCCCAACAUCGGCCCUACAGAUCCUAGCAGGAAUCCUCCCCUUAGACUUAAAAGCGAAAAUGGAGGCAGGCAUAUAUCGCCUACACCACUAUAAAGAAAAUCUCCAAAUAGGAGACGUAAUAAUAUGGGCACAAGAAGUAGAAGAAAGAAUCCCGACAAUAGGGGAACACCCAGCACUAACACAGAAGGUUAGAUGGUACAAAGACCCCCCAGAAGACAAUGAGAUAGAAGCGUUCACCGACGGGUCCAAAAAGGACAACAGAGUAGGAGCAGCAUUUGUAAUAUACAAUAACUCCCAAGAAAUUACGAGCAAACAAAUAAGAUUAAAUGACGAAGCGACAGUCUUCCAAGCGGAAGUUGUGGCUCUAAAGGAAGUGUGUAAGUGGUUAAGCCACAAUGCAGACAACAAUACCCCAAUUAAAAUCUUCACAGAUAGUCAAAGCUCAUUACAAAGUUUAAACAAAAUAAAGAUUACAAGUUCAAGCAUAAAAGCGUUUAAGGAGAUUAUCUGUACUCUCCAAGAAACGCACAACACAGUCCUCAAUUGGGUCAAAGCCCAUGAAGGAACAAAAGGCAACGAGAGAGCAGACGAAGAAGCAAAAAGGGCAACCGAAAGAGACACAAUAGACAUGGCGGUUCCAUUGUCGGAACUAGCUGUAAAACAUAAAAUUAAACAAGAAUUAAUAAAGCAAUGGCAGGAACGCUGGGACUCCGAAACAACAGGAAGAUGGACACAUGGGUUAUUCCCAACAGUCUCCCCCAAACGAAUAAGAACAAACUUCUAUGAAGUCCAAGCACUAACAAAUCACGGCAAGUUCCCGAGCUACAUAAACAGGUUCUUUAAGAAGCAAGUUAAAUGUGCCUGCGGCACGAGCGCAAUCCAUGCAAAUGCAUCACACUACAUCACGAGUUGUCCGAUGCUUGAAAGGCAAAGGAAAGAAAUUUUUCUAAGUUCCUUCUCAUCGCUGGACUUAGAACAUCUAGUAAAAUAUCCGGCAGGACUCAAAGGAAUCCGAAAGACAAUAACUUAUAAGUUAUAG